CCGCGUGCGGUAUCGGCGCUUCUCGUGCGAUUGUGUGGUACCACGCAACUUAAAUUUUUUCUAAACAAUGGAAAAUCUUGACUAAUUUAAAAUGAUCAUGUGCCCCGUUUAUUUAUUUUGAUUCUACAUAAAUUUAUUUCAAUUUCGCAAGUUUAUUUCCCGCAAAAUUACAUUUUAUUCUUGCCUUUUCGAUAAGUUUUUCAUUUACACUUUUAUAACCUCUUUUGAGUUUAUCUACUCAUUGCUAUUUAUUUUUGGAGUUCCUCAAAAGUUUUCAUCAGAAUGGAAAAACCAGGAGAGAAGCAGAGGAUUGUUUAUCGUUUGGUGUUAACAGGGGGUCCUUGUGGGGGUAAAACUACAGGACAAGCAAGGAUAAGCACAUUCUUUGAGAACUUAGGAUGGAAGGUAUUCCGAGUACCUGAAACUGCAUCAGUGUUGCUUAGUGGUGGAAUCAAAUUCAGUGAUCUGGAUGACGAUGAAGGUGUUACCUUCCAGGAGAACCUUCUCAAGACGAUGCUUCAAAUCGAAGAUACCUUCUUCGAAUUGGGCAGAACCAGCAAACGAAAUUGCCUGAUUAUUUGUGAUAGGGGUGCAAUGGAUGCAUCAGCAUUUAUAUCCAAGGAAAAAUGGGAGAGCAUUAUGACAGACAACAGCUGGAACAACAUCGAGCUAAGAGACAACCGUUACAACCAGAUCAUUCACAUGGUAUCUGCUGCUAAAGGUGCUGAAGAUUACUAUACUACUGAGGACCAUUCUUGCCGAUCCGAAGGUGUUGAACUCGCAAGAGAAUUGGACAGCAAAGCGGCCGCCUCCUGGGUGGGACAUCCUUAUUUUGACGUCAUCGACAAUUCCACCGAUUUUGAAGGCAAAAUAAGGAGAAUGAUUGGUUCGGUUUGUCAUAAGAUCGGACUGGAUACUGGCGAUAGAUUGCUGAAGAACUCGAAAAAACAUAAGUUCCUAAUCAAGGGACCAUUGCCAGAUGAUUCAGUAUUUCCACCCUUUCAAGAUUUCGAAGUUGUGCAUAACUAUCUACAAUCGAACUCUCCCAACCAAGUCAGGUUAAGAAAACGCGGGCAAAAAGGAUAUUACAGUUACAUACAUACUGUGCGGCGUCAAAUGCAACCAGGAGGCCAGGUCAUUGAAGUGAAAACCCAGAUCAACCAUCGUGACUACAUCAACUUAUUGACGCAGAAAGAUAAUUCACACUUUACCAUAUACAAAAAACGGAGAUGUUUUAUUUUCAACAAUCAGUAUUUUCAGUUGGAUAUUUACGAACAACCCAGCCACCCUAGAUGCAGAGGACUUAUUCUUCUUGAAACAUAUUCAGCUUUGGAUGAUGCACGCCUACAAGUUACGCUUCCAACAUUUUUGAACAUUGACAGAGAAGUCACCGGCAAUCCAGAUUAUUCGAUGUACAACUUAUCACUGAGAGAAGAUUGGAAAAAUUCUAAGAAAUAUAGCACUAAUUUAACUGGUCCUCAAGAUAGGCAAACACGCGGACCAGAAACCAAAGAAAACUGUCACUGUGGUGAAGAAAGUCCUACUUCAGAAUGCAAAUUGCCUCAAAUACUUAAUCGCCAUGGCAAUAUAAACGGUCUGUCAUCGACACCAGUCAAUGGCAAGGCCUAAAUUAGUGAGAUAAUUUAAAACGUAACUACGUAAUAGGUAUUCUCUUAUAGUAUUUUAAAAUCAUCAACCUAUUGUUUUUUUUUUUUGUAGAGCUAUACAUAUACCUACUUAAUUUUUAUGUGAAACGUUAGGUUUUAUUCAUGUGUUGGUUUGGAGGCAAUCUCAAUUAUUAUAGUAUUUGUCCUGUUAUUAAAAGUAUGACUACUCGUAUGGCAACUGCUGGAUUGUUAAUUUAUUUCAAUAGUUGAGAUUGCUAGAAUGGCGUAAAGUCAAAGUAGAGCUAGAAAAUUUUGAUUCCUACAUAUACCCACAUAAAAUUAUAUAAAAUGCAUAAAUAUUGUCUAGUUAAUACACUUAGUAGGUCAUUAUGAAGUUUAGGGCAAAAUCUUUCUUAAUUAAAAAAAUAAUACUAUGUAUAUUAACUACUUGAACAUUUCAAAUACUUCUGGGUUAAUUUUUUGAAAUCUGUUGUUUUAUAAUAUGACAAGAAUUUUAAAAUACGUAUUUUUCUAACAAAUUUUACUGUGAUCUUGAUGGAAGGAAACCAAAAUAAUUGUAAUAAUAUGUAUAUUUUAUAAUUUUUCAACAUUAGAACUCAAAAUUCUGCCAUACUUUCAUUUGAUUCACCACAUUGUUGCACUUCAUUUCUAUUUUGAAUUAAAUUGUCAACUCACUAAAACACUUCACAUUUGAGAGAAUCUUGAAAAUUAAUAUUAUGUUCUGGUGUUGUAAAUUUUGUAUAUAUUUACUUUAUGCUUGAAAUUUUUCACAAAUUAAUUUGAUUGAAAAUCUUAAUUUUAAACCUCGAUAACUGCCAUUCUAAAAAAAAAACAUUUCUUGCUGUGAUUUGUAUUGUUACUUAAUAAAAUAUUAAUCAUUGUAUUAUCAAAUUGUACACCCACUUAGGGCCGAUUUCUUUAUUGAGGACUAAAUUUCUAUUUAUAAAAUACUUGUCAAAACUUGAUUUUUCAAUCUCAAAUCAAUCAAAUGAGAAAAUAACCUUAAAUGUGUAUUUAUGCUUUUUAGCUAUGAGGGCUAAUUGUAUGAGACCUGCUUGUUGAAGUGAUCACUGUAGAAUCAACACCCUAGUACUGUAGAAGAAAGAGGGUGUGUUGACCAGUGCAUCGCCACUACUCAAAAGAUAUUUGAUUCGGAUGUCAAUCUGCCUUACACAAUUGAUAAUACUUUUUACAAUAAACGAUAAAUUAUUGAUUGCUUAAUUGAUAGAUGGAGUGAUCACGUAAACAGCAGGUGCAAAGGCUUCAAAGACUAGUGGGUGAUACUUUAUUUCCUUCUCAGCUACAGUACUUAAUACAUUUUUACACUUAUAUAAAAGACAUUACUUAUAUUGGCUUGUCUGAUCAGGCUCAACUAUUCCCGAAGGGCCAAAGCCUUAAACAGGCUAUUUUGCGCAAAUUCUCCAAAAAAAAAAAAUAAAAUUAACUUGAGUAUUGCUUCCCUUUUAUAAUUGUGUUUCACAGCUGAGUUGAGAAAGCCUGAUCCUCCAGUGUAUCAGACUCUUGUAUAUUGGCAAAUUUGGGUGAUUUUUUUAUUUAUUAUGUUUUCUUAUUAUUUUUUUGUUUGUUUAAUUGUGUUUUUUACAAAUGUUACCCAAUAAAAAAAUAAUAUUUUCCAUAGAACAGCUUGUAUAGGUUUCUUUAGCGAAAAUAUGAUUUUUUAUUCCAUAACCUGUAACAUUUUUCAAAUGGAUUGGGGUUUUUCAGUAUGUAGGUAUUGGAAAAAAUCAUAACAAAAAAAUCCGGGAUUCUUGAAAAAAUUAGAUAUCUAUUAAUAUACAAGGUGAUCUAUGUUAAAAUAUACAACUUCAUUUGUAUUGUUGAGUGCUAUAUCAUCUUUGCUUUAUACACAUUUAAAAAAAAAAAUAUAUCAACUUGGUUAAACAUUCGACAAGUCAAUUUUAUGAAUAAGCACCAAUGACUUUAAUGAAUAAGACUGUUCUCAACGUAGGCAUGUGGGAAAUCAAAAGUGGAGCUAAACUGGUGGGAUAUUUUUUUGUUAUUGUAAGUGAAAAAUUAAAAACAACCAAAAGUUUUACUGCUGACGAACCACCAUUUUUUUGUUUUUUCAAACACUAACCUUUUUGGUAACAGAGGUAAAUACAAAAUGUCGUAUUAUAUUAUCAGAGUAGAAAAAGAAACACACUUAUGUAUUAAUAUGUAUUAAGUGAAAACCUAAAUAUUUCUUUGUUCAAAGCGUUUUAAUUGUAGUCGUAACUUAUUUUGAUUAUUAUCAACCAAACAAUUGUAUAAGUUACAAUUAUUAUUGUUAGUUUUUAAGACAAAAUUGUUAUCUGGUUAAAAAUUUAUUUCUCUGCAUCUUGUUGGUGAAGCAUUGUUUUGUACUCAUCAGUACUUAAAUACAUUUUUAAAAAUCUA